AUGGAUACCAACGCGCUUAUUGAUAUCGUCCACGAGGUGCAGGGCCAGAUUUGGGUUGACAGGGUGAAUGAAACCUACAAAACGGGUCAACUCUGCCAAUGGGUAUCAACUUUCCAUCCUGAUAAGCUUCCCUGCCAACUUGACGGUACCUUUCACCAUGGCGCAUUUAAUGCCGGUAUGAAGAUGGUCUUUAGCGAUAAUACUACCUGGAUGAUUCGUUUCCCUCGUGUGGGAAUGAUUUGUAAUGACUAUGCCGACGAGAAGGUCGCUAUGGAAGUGACUGCGCUGAAUCUCAUCCGCACUAGCACUGGCAUUCCUGUGCCUCAAGUUCGAGCUUGGGGUCCCGCUGCUAGCAAUCCACUUGGCUUAGGCCCGUUUAUUAUCAUGGACUUCGUUAAUGGCGUGAGCCUUAGCGACCUUCUGCGGGACCCGAAUUCCGAACGUCCUACUAGAGUCAUGAGAGAAGACAUCAGUGAUAAUGACAUUGAAGUUAUCUAUAGGCAGAUGGCGAAAUUUCAGCUUCAGCUUUUCAAGCUCGAUUUUGAACAAAUCGGCAGCCUGCCUAAUCCCAAAUCUCAAGGCACUACUCCACCACGGCCGCUUACAUUCAAGGCACAUAGUAUACUGCAAAAUGGAGGGGUGGGCACUUUCGACUUAGAGCAACUCGCCCGGCAGCCGAACUCGACUGUUGGUUUCUAUAAUGCUAGAAGCAAAUCCCUGGCAUUCAAGGUCCUAAAAAGCUUGAUCCCCGACUUAGUCCAUCCAGAGUAUGACCGUUGCAGGUUUAAACUAAUCUGCGGCGAUCUUGGACUAGCGAAUCUCAUUGUCCGUAGUAAGGAAGAUAUUACCAUUGUUGGAGUUGUGGACCUCGAAUGGUCAUAUAUGGGACCUGCCCAGCUUUUUGGCUCGGCUCCAUGGUGGCUUCUCCAAGAUAGGCCCGUGAACAGCACGUGGGACUAUGACGAUGAUGAUAAGUCACCUAAGAUUGCUGCUAGGUAUUUCAGAUACCUAGAGAUUUUCAUGCGUAUCUUACAGGAGGAAGAAGCAAAAAUGCCAGAGUAUCAAGAAAGAGAACUCUCUAGUCUUAUGAAGUGGUCGCAGGACUCCAGAGCCAUGUGGCUGCACAUGCUCCUUUCCUUUCACCCAGCUACGUCAACAUAUACUGAGUGGGCGAAGCGGGAGAAGGAAUUUGACAACCCGCCAGAACUUGAGGCAUUUGGAAAACGGAAGGUCAACGAGUUAGAUCAGUACGACGAAGCGUUGGAGAGGCUGGAACGGAGCAAAUCGCUUGUGGACAGCGGGGAUAUGACAAUGGACGAAUUUGUUUCCAGUGCCCUAAAAGAGGCGGAUUUUAUCCCCUGUUCCUCAUCAUUUGUGAUCAACGAUGAGACAAAAAGAGAUUUCGACACCGCUCAACCCGCACUUUCCGAGUCUGCUAUCGCCUGUGGUCCUGGAUCUAUAUAG